CAUCUAUUCAAACACUCUCUCUCUCUCUAUCUGAUGAAGAUGGCUUGUACUACUGGUAAAGGGUUUUACGUGGCUGUGGUGAUUGGGAUAGUGAUGGGUUCUAUGGUGGCUUCAUGUGCUGCAAACUUCUUCCAAGACACUGAAAUAACAUGGGGUGGUGAUCGUGGGAAGAUAUUCAAUGGAGGUCAGCUUCUGUCUCUUUCUCUGGAUCACUUCUCUGGCUCUGGCUUCCAAUCCAAGAAACAGUUCCUUUUUGGGAGGAUCGAUAUGGACAUCAAGCUUGUUGCUGGCAAUUCUGCUGGCACUGUCACCACUUUCUACUUGUCUUCACAAGGACCAAAUCAUGAUGAGAUUGACUUUGAGUUCUUGGGAAAUGUUAGUGGGGAUCCUUACAUUCUUCACACCAAUGUCUUCUCUCAAGGCAAAGGCAACAGAGAGCAACAGUUCUAUCUCUGGUUUGACCCUACCAGAAACUUUCACAAAUACUCCAUCAUCUGGAAGCCACAACACAUUAUAUUCUUGGUAGAUGACAUUCCCAUUAGGGUUUUCAAGAAUGAGGAAGCUGAAGGUGUUCCCUUCCCUAAGAACCAGGCCAUGAGAAUGCAUUCGAGCCUUUGGAAUGCUGAUGACUGGGCAACAAGAGGUGGUUUGGUUAAAACAGAUUGGUCUAAGGCUCCUUUCACGGCUUAUUAUCGCAACUUCAAGAUGUCUUCGUCUUCUUCAUCAGACUCAUCAUUCUCUGGCUCUAAAGUGCAAAGCAAGAAUGAGCUUGAUGCUAAUGGUAGAAGAAGACUGAGAUGGGCUCAGAAGUACUUCAUGAUCUAUAACUAUUGCACUGAUCUCAACCGAUUCCCUCAAGGCCUUCCACCUGAAUGCAAACGUUCACGCUUCUAAGUCAUCUACGUAAAAUAUAUUUGUUGUGCUUUACUGAUUCUUUUGUCAAUAUUUUUUCAAUUUAAUAUUUAUUCUUUUCUCAAGAAGUGAAAUAAAUUUAUCAAUAUUCUACCUGCUAAGGUUGAUGUAAAUGAUAAGGGAUCUCAUUGCUAUAUCAAAUGACUGGGGAUUUGUUGAGCAUACACAGUUGGGAGAUAUACCAUUUUGAUAUCAAUAGUUGGGGAAAAAAUGUGUAUUAUUUUCCUUUGAGUGAAAUAAAAUCAAUUAUUUUAAUAGUAA